AUGAGUUCCGUUUAAAAAGAAUUAGACAAUUCAAAUUGCAAUGGAAGAGGAUUAUAUUUUGAUUAAACUUGCUAAUGUGAUUUAGGGUAUUUUGGUGCUCAAUGCUCAGUAAAAUUAGAAGAAAUUCAUGUCAUUUCUUAUUUCACAUUUAUUGGAUUAUUUCUAAUCCUUUUUAUCUUGCUACUACUUUUUACUGUGAAGCAACUUCAAUAUUCACUCAAUAUCAAUUAAAUUCCAUAGUUUCAAAGGUAGAAAAUAACGACUAUUAUUUUUAGAGGAUUAGGAUAUCUUAAGCAUUUUUUAAGCUCACCUUUGAAUUGCAUAUUGUGUUUAACCAUAUUGUUCAAUGUUCUGAAAAUUUUAUGGCUCUCCUUAGAUCCAUUAAAACCAUUUGUAACUUUUUAUAUUAAAGCAGGAUGGCGAUAAAAGAGUCUAUGAAAGAAUCCUAGCAGAAGUUGUAUACACUAUCCUAUUUUAUAUAUAUGGUAUCUUACUUAUGGUCUGGUAUACAAUGUAUGAUGAAAUUUCAUUCAAUAUUUCAGAAAGAAAUAACAACUCAAAAUCUCAAUUAGUACUUAGCGAUGAAUUUAAAAUUGAAACAAGAAAAUGGGUAUUCGUAUAUUACAAAGAUGUAAUGAAAAUUAGACUUUUUUUUGUAUUAUUGAUACAAUUAGCAAUUAGUACAUUAAAUGGUAACAUAAAAAUCUAAAUAGGAUUAAGAUUAAGUUAGAAAUAUUAGACAAUACUUUAUAUAGCAUAUGCAAUUUUGCUAUUAAAUUUUAUGUAAAUAAAAAUAUAAAUUUAAAGUUCCUUUAUAUUUGAAUUUUAUCUGUAUGGAAAAUCUCUAAAUAAUUGCAUAGAGUCACAAUUAAGAAGAUUAGACAAGGAUUCUAUAGAGUAAGAACAGGUGGUUUAAGAAAUACUUGUGCAAGCAAAUUAAUAACAAUAAGUAAAUAAAAUUAAAAAUUUUUAAAGAUAGUAUUUUCUAAAAAUUUUCUGGAAUUAUAAGAAGUGGAAAAAAUAAAAUCACCAGAAACCCAAGAUUAAUAGAUCUUGAGAUUUAGUUCUUAAAGUGAAAGUGAGGAGAAUAAUGAGUAGAUUUAAACAUCAAGAGCGAUUGUUUCUCUUGAAAAAUAAAAACUUUCCAAUAAAAAAAAGUCUGUCUCCUUUAGAAAGUAAUAAAACAUAAAAAAUGAAAUCUCAGAUUAAUAGAAAAAUAUUGAAAGUUAACAAGAUUUUGAAAUAAAUAAGGAAUUACAGAGAUCUCACUUGAAGACUAUAGUAAGUGAAGAAUCAUUCAGUUCUAAAGAAGGGGGAAUUCAUCUGAAAGUGAAUUCUUGUUUACUGAAUGAGGAUGAUAAUGCUUAAGAAAAUAUUAAGUGGGAUUUAGAUUAAAAUAGAUAAAACAUAAAGGAGAUUAAGAAAAUGUAAAUAAAAGUAGUAGAGAAAACAAAAUAGUAAGUAAAUGAAAUAAAGAAAUAUAAAAAAGCAAAUCUAAAAGUUUAGAAUAAGGAUGUAUUUUUUGAUAAUUAAUAAUAAAAUGAUGAUCGAAAAACAAAGGUAUAAUAGGGAGAAGAUUAUCAAAUAGAAAUAUAAAACUAAUAAAAAUAAAUAAGAACAGCUAAUCUAAAUGCAGAUAAGAAGGUCAUAAUAAAGAUAUAAUUGUUAAUUUAUGCAGGAGUAUUCUUAGAAAUUUGUUUUGGGGGAUUGUCAAUAGUGAUUUUAUUAACAGAUUUAUUAAAAACACCUGCAGGUAAAGUAAUCAUAAAAAAAAUGUAGGUACACUUUGUUAUUUGUACAUUUCAGCUAUGUUGUAAUAUUUAUCUUUGAUUACAGUACUGAAAUUAUUUAGAGAUGUAAGAAGCCAAGAAGUUUUGAAUUUAAUUUGGAUACAAAAAGUUGGUAAUGGGAAGAAUAAAAUAAACUAAAAAUAUUUUUUUACUAUUCCAAGAAAAUAAACAAGAAUGGAUGAUUCAAAGAAAAAAUUUGAAAAAAGAAUCAAUAUGCAUAUCGGAUGA